UUUUUAGGAAAUCAGAACAGCUUUCCUAAGGAAGAAAAGUCGUUUAGUCGUUUACUCGUUUCCGUUUCCGUUUCCGUUUCCGAAAGGUAAUAAUAAAAACAGAGAGGAAGCAAUUAAAAGAUCACAGCUUUGUAACAACUAACAGAUCUGGAGAUAUAAAGGAGUUGCUUGCCCUUUGCUUUAGUGCAAUUGAAAUUCGAAAUGAAAUGAGCAAGCGGCAUUGAUUUUGAAUCUCUCAAGCUGGGUCAGGUGAGUAGCGAUGGAGUCAGAAACGGCUUCGUCAGCGGAUGAACAGAAACCAUCUGCUUCUGCAGCUGAUACCAGAGGGAAGCAUCGGAUUCUAGCUCAACUCAAGCGUGUCGAACAAGAAUCCAGGCUUCUCCAGGACGAGAUGGAAGAGCUCGAGAGAACUGACAAUGUUUCGACAGUGUCUGAGGAGUUGCUGCUUAGCUUGGAGACAAGACCAGAUCCACUACUCCCAGUAACGCAUGGUCCUAUAAACCCAUCAUGGGAUAGAUGGUUUGAAGGGCCCCCAGACUCCAAAGGUUGCACAUGCCAGAUUCUAUGAUUUGAGGCAAUCUAGCAUUUGUUGCCAAGACAUGUUAAAAUGUUACAGCUUAGUUAGUUGUUAUCUUAACAGUGUGCACUACUCAAGAUUUUAGGUGGCUUUGUAUAAUUUACUUUUUCCGAUCCAGAUGAAAUUUGUAUAUCAGAUACAUCUACUGCAGAUUUGAGCUUCUAAACGGAUCGUUCUUGUCUUCAUUCUGCCCCUUCCCAAAGUUAUUUCCAUAUUUUACCUGACUAUAAUUCUAUGAACUUGUUUCAGGACAAUAAGAGAUUAAUUUAAU